AUGAACGCCGCGCGGGAGCUGGGGCCGGCGGCGGUGGCGCUCUCGGCCGGGCUGCACUACCACGCCGUCCCCUUGCGCGACCGCCACGACCAGGACCUGGCCGCGCACCUCGACGGGGCCUUUUCCUUCAUCCGCCGGGCCCGCUCGGCCGGGGGGCGGGUGUUGGUCUACUGCCGCCGCGGCAUCUCCCGCAGCGCGAGCAUCGUCAUCGCGUAUUUGAUGGUCGACCAGGGCCGGGCCUACGACGAGGCCCUCGGCUUCGUCCGCGAGCGCCGCAGCUGCGUCUCGCCCAACCUCGCCUUCCACGCCCGCCUCACGGAGUUCGGCGCGGAUGCCGAGUGGUACCAGCGCCGCCGCGAGGACGGCCCGGGCGGGAUUCCCCCCUCCGCCGCGAAGGACGAAAACCGCGGCUGA